UGUCCCUCUUCUUUUCCUUGUUCCUUUUCUUCUUCGUCCUCCGCUCUCUUUUACUUCCAAAAUUGCAGCAUUUGUAGGGGAUUCGCUCUCUACGUUGUUCCAUUCGUUCCCCACGCUGCUCGUCCCUUAUCGGAGAUGUUUUGUGUGUAUGUAUGUGUGGUCCUCAAGAACUUGGACGCCCUCGGUCUCCCGUCUUCUUCAGUCCGUGUUGCUGCCUGCGCCCACCCUCGCUCCCUCCGUUCACUUGGCAGCUGCGUCUGCGCCUUUGACGAGCAAAGGCCACCAGCAAUAGGCUCGACGAAGAGAGCUGUCUUCUUAAGAGUGGAACCAAGGCUGCAUUUGGUCCAACUCGCUCGCUCUCGCUCUCGCUCAGUUGGUGGGGAGAAAAGUCCCAAGUCGGCCUGAGAAAAAUAAAGAGUGGAAUAAAAUUUGAGGGUGCUGAUAAGUUAGUCCUUUUCCAAAUGGGAGUGUGAACGGCCACUAGGAUGCUUGGGCCUUGAUCUGCCAGUUCGUUUGAGAAGUCGGUGGGCCGUCUGUUGGAAACGGGCUCCGAUCAGUUUUCCCAUGAAUAUCAAGUGAGGGUCAACAUUUGUGUCGGAUCACAAUGUUCCGAGGAGACCUCAGCCGUGUUGUGAUGAUGAGAACUGGCGGUGUUUAAUGCCGAAGAGCUGGAGAUGCAUCAGGACUUCAGCUAUUGACUCAAGUGUUUUAAAUUUGGUCCGUGUCGGGGACUGCUACGGGAAGUAGCGGGCGCCUCAGGGAACCUAUGCCGGAGGAAAGCAAAAACUUUCACCUACAGUACAUCUGUGCGAGUAGCCUCUCUUUGAAACAAAAGACAGUGAAAGAUUCAAACGACAGAGUCAAUGCGGAUCCUUCAAGCCUCUAAUCAGUGAGUGAUUGAUAGGGUACAUGCCUUUGGCACCAAUCUGUGCCCGCUCCAGAGCAAAGUACACUGGCCUUAUCUACUCGUGCGAAUGAGAAACAAAUCAUCGUGGAGUUGCUUGUCCAUAUUUGUUCUUAUCUAGAGCAAACCACUCGACGAAUGCUCUUUAGCCUGUCCCCAGGAGCCUGGCGUCCUUCGGGACUUGUUAUGUCUGAUUAGUGAUUGGAAUAUCCAGUGCCGAGCGCCUCGCCCACCGAGGACCGAGGACCGAGGACAUAACUCGGAAGAUUCAGGAUGACGAGAAGUCCGAGUGAUUAUUCGUAGCCUAAAUUGGGAUGAUGGGACCACCGGGACAUUAAGCCACCACCCGCCACAGGCCUCUGAUACACACCUUGGGCCUCAAAGAAAUGUGUUGGAGGCCACAUGCUGGCGGUGAAUCCCAGGCCCAGGGUGCUUCACUGUGGUGACUAUGAAGAAGCAAAACGUCCGAACCCUUAGCCUCAUUGUCUGCACCUUGACAUACUUACUCAUUGGGGCCUCCAUCUUUGAUGCCAUCGAGUCGGAAGAGGAGCAAAGGCAGAAGAUUGCACUCGAAAAACUUGAAGAGCAAAUCCUGGCCAAAUACAACAUCACUGCUGGUGACUUUGAUGUCUUGGAGGAAAUAAUCCAACUCUUGCAACCUUACAAGGCUGGGAAACCUUGGCAGUUCGCUGGUUCUUUCUAUUACGCCACGACCGUCCUCACCACCAUUGGUUACGGUCACUCAACACCCAAGACGGACGGAGGCAAAAUGUUCACCAUGGUGUACGCCAUGAUUGGCAUCCCUCUCGGCCUGGUCAUGUUCAAUUCCAUUGGUGAACGUCUCAAUAAUUUCUCUUCCAUUGUGAUCAAUAAAAUCCGCCGUGGUCUCAAGGCCAAACAGAACGAGACCACGGAGAUGGACCUCAUAUCAGUGGUGACGACCUUGAGCAUUAUCGUGGUCACAGCUGGCGCAGCAGCCUUUUCGCACUACGAAGGCUGGAGCUAUUUCCACUCCAUCUACUACUGUUUUGUCACUUUGACCACCAUUGGGUUCGGUGACUACGUGGCCUUACAACAAGACAGCUCCUUGGGCACGAAACCUGAGUAUGUGGCCUUCGCUCUCUUCUUCAUCAUGUUCGGUUUGGCCAUCAUCGCUGCCUCACUCAAUCUCAUGGUGCUUAAAUUCAUGACCAUGAACACAGAGGAUGAGAAACGAGAUGAACAACAGGCUAUUCAGGCUGCUGCAUUAAAUGUCCGACUGGAUGGUGAUAUCAUUCUUCAGCAAAACGAGGUCCUCCAUUGGCAAGCCGAGGGUGCAGGUUCUUUGGAGGAGAUUCGCUCGGUGUGUUCGUGCACUUGCAACUCCUGCAAUCCCUUUCAGCAAAUCAACCUUCGCUAUCAAGAGGACCAUUUCGCCAGUUUCACCAAGGCACGACCGAAAAGCAAGCGAAAGUACUCCCAAGCGUCCCGUUGGAACUCUCAAACGUCUAUGCUGACCCAUUCGGAGCGUGACCGAGGGGGUGGCACGCCCACCACCGCCCUGGAUGAUUGCUGUGAUCACAGAGAGAGACUUCGACAAAACAAGGCCGACUCAGUUCAUGACCUCCGGCGAAGUACUGUGAGUUCUGUAUUACGCCUGCCUCCGUGCACGCCACCUCAUUUGAAGCGUCCAGCCUCACGCGCCAAGUCUUGCUGUGUGGCGGCGGCUGGUCGGGCAGCCAGCCAGUGUCGCCUAAGUGAGGGUGGGUCAAGAAGUGAUUUCUUUUCUUCCAUUCGCGAAUUUAAUCGUGAUCCCAAUGGUGGUCGGCCAGGAAGUGCCAAUGGGAGGAUCCAACGGAAACGACCCUCAAGUAAGAAGUUCCUGAAUAAGUUCUUCUUGUGGAGCACGGAUGGCCAGGCGAGUUCGAAUGGGAGCCGCGGAAUGUUCCUCGAAGUGGAUGAUGAGGAAACCGAGCGUCGUGAAAGCUAUGCUUUGGACGAAGUUGACUCAAUUACAGUUGUGCCCUUCUCCAAGAACGUGAACCACCACAAACGAGUCUCAUUGUGAAAGACAGAAGCACUGCUACAAGAUGAGGUCAUCGGGAAACAGUGCAGCUUGUGCCCAGAAUAGUUCUAAUGGAACUACGUACAACAACAGUCAUAAGGCAAAAAGGAUAGAGUUUCUCUGAUUCUAGAUUCUCUCUGGCUCUAGGGAUUGCAUGCACAUGCAUAAUUGAGACCCAAACUUGUUGUUAUUACUGCUGUUGAUGACGACAAAGAUGAUGACGAUGAUGCAGAUCCCUUCUUGACGAAAAGGCUACGUCUUGUCUCCAGGGAGUUUCAAGCUCAUCCCAAGACUGACAAUCAUAAUUUCACAGUAUUCCAAUCUCGACUAUCUAGAUGCAAGUCCAAUCAACCGACACGAAUUUUGAGUGUCUCCAUCAGAUCCACUUCUACAGUCCAAGAAUGUGUGGCUCUCGAGAGGAUUUGAAGGCCAACGGAAAUCCAUGGGUUAAUCCUUGGUCAAACAAUUGAGCGCCGCAUUCUGCACACUUACUCGUACAACAACGAACGAAGUCAGACCAUUUCUUGAAGAUCGUACUCAAUCUAAUACCUCUUUUGAACUCCUUACUUCCCCCUUUUCUCCGGAGUAUGCCAAUUAAUUCCAUAAAUAGACUUGUCCCAUUCUGUCCCCUUUCAACUUUCUAAAGAGGACACCCUCCACAUCAUACACCACAUUGGUUUUGUGGUUAUACAUUUGGAAAAAAAAAACCCAACACCUCACAAGAGGGGAAAAUUGCUUUCCUCUAGUUAUUAACCACAGAAUCGAUAGACUUGGGUGAAUCAAAUUCAGGACAAUUAUUCCAUGCCAAGGUCGCUUCGUAAGUAGGUAGUACAUGGAGUGCAAAGUGAUAGCACGUGUGUCUACUCUUACAUUCAGAUAAUAUUACAUAUAUAACGUCAUGACAUCUUUAUAAAUACACGUGCUCCAAUCAAGUCGA